AUGAAGGGUAAAAAAGGGGAUACUGAGCAUGUUCAAGAAAUAGACAGUGUACUUACAGUUGGUGAAAUACGUCAAGCAGGCUCAAAGUGGGAAAUUUUUGUGAAUUUGAACAAUCACAAAGUUAAGUUUUUGCUCGACACGGGAGCUAGUUGUUCCCUGAUUGGUCUGUCGGGCUAUGAAGAGAUAAACAAACCUCCGCUUAACGAAACCAGUCGCUCACUUCGCUCAUAUGGUAAUACAACCGUUCCAGUUUUAGGCGAACUACAUGUAAAUGUCGAAUUUGGGGGUCACCAUAAACAAUUAACUUUAUUAGUUGCCGAUGUACCAUCCGGGCACAAUAUUUUGGGAUUGGAUUGGUUCAGUGCAUUUGGUCUGGAGAUAAAAUCUCCAAGUGAGAAUAUUGUUUUGAAUUUAAACUCAGACGUGGACCACGAAAUACAAAACCUUUUUUCAAAGCAUGCUGAGGUAGCAUCUAAGACCUUAGGGUUGUGUAAUUCUAUGAAAGCACAUUUGUAUCUAAAACCUAACACUAAACCCAAAUUUCACAAAGCGAGACCUAUUCCAUUUGCUUUAAUAGAUGCAUUCAAGGGAGAAGCUAAGCGUUUAGAAGAAGCUGGAGUUUGGAAAUCGGUCAGAUUUAGUGAAUGGGCCGCGCCUAUUGUCGUUGUUUCUAAACGUAAUAAGGGCCUCCGCAUAUGCGGUGACUUCAAGGUUACCAUAAAUCCUCACUUAGAAGUAGAUCAGUUUCCAAUUCCAAGACCAGAGGAUCUUUUUAAUAAACUUGCGGGUGGACAGCGAUUUUCGAAAAUAGAUCUUGCAGACGCUUAUCUGCAAAUAGAGCUAGAUGAGGAUUCAAAAUCUCUGACUGUCGUAAAUACACCACUUGGACUCUACAUGUACCAGAGACUUCCCUUUGGAGUGUCAAGUGCUCCAGCUAUUUACCAAAAGACGCUAGAACAGGUAUUGUCAGGGUUGAAUUGUGCUAUAUAUCUGGAUGACAUAUUAGUAUCUGGGAAAGAUGACAAAGAGCACUUACUUAAUCUUGAGGCAGUGUUUAAGAGGCUUUUUGAAAACGGAUUGCGAAUUAAUCGAGAAAAGUGCAUAUUUUUUCAAUCUGAAGUUGAGUACCUAGGUCAUUUAAUCAACGCACAGGGUAUCCGCCCGUCCCAAUCCGGAGCUCUUGCAAUUAAAAAUAUGCGCCAUCCGACAGACUUGAAAGAAUUACAAACUUUCCUAGGUAAAGUAAACUAUUAUGGAAAGUUUAUUCGAAACUUUUCCGAAGUGGCAGCACCACUUAACCGUCUGCGUAAGAAAAAUGUACCUUUUAUAUGGGGCUCGUCACAAGUAAAGGCGUACGAAAAUCUUAAACAACAACUGGCUGAUGCUACUUGUCUUGUUCAUUAUCGACCGGAGUUGCCAAUAGUUCUAGCAACUGACGCAUCUUCCUAUGGAAUAGGAGCAGUGAUAGCGCACAUAGAUGAAAUGGGAAAUGAAUCACCAAUUGCCUUCGCUUCAAAAACGCUCGACAUACAUCAACAAAAAUAUAGCCAAAUCGAAAAAGAGGCACUUUCUAUCAUAUAUGGAGUACAAAAAUUUCAUCAAUACUUAUAUGGACGCACAUUUACGUUGGUAACAGACCAUAAGCCAUUAGUGUCGCUCUUCAACCCCGAAAAGAAAUUGCCUAUAAUGACUGCCAAUCGCUUACAACGUUGGGCGAUUAUUCUUAUGGCCUAUACUUACCGCAUUAGAUAUCGGCCUACAGAGAAGCAUGCCAAUGCUGAUGCCUUGUCUCGUUUUCCAAUUGGGCCAGAUUGCCAGUUUGACCGUAAACAAGAAGAGAUCUGCAUGGAAAUUUCAGAGCCAUAUUCGGAAAAAGUUGAGUCUUUUCCAAUUGCAAAGGCGGAUAUCGUAGCCUCUAUUGAUAAAGACAUUACCCUUAAAAAAAUUCGCAAUUUUAUACUUUCAGGUUGGCCAGAAAAAUUAUCAGAGGAAGAUCAGGAUGUCAAACCAUAUUUCAAUAGAAGAAUGUCACUUUCAGAGUAUCAAGGGCUAAUCUUGCUCCAAACCGAACAUCUUCGACUCGUGAUUCCAAAAGCUUUUCAGCGAAGGGUAACGGAGAUGCUACACGAAGGACACUGGGGCAUUAUCCGAAUGAAACAAUUAGCUAGAAGGUACUGCUGGUGGCCAAAAGUGGACCAGGCUAUAGAGGAACGAGCUUCCAACUGUAAAGUGUGUCAAUCAUCUGCAGCAGACCCUCCGAACUUGCGGACCGCACCAUUUCACCCUGCCUCAAACGGUGAAGCCGAACGAUUUGUCCGCACGUUCAAAACCCAUUUCAAGAAAAUCUUCAAUGAGAACCCCAACAAAGACUUAGCCUUAUCCCGAUGCCUAUCAACUUACCGCACCACCCCAAAUCCAAAAACGGGAAAAUCACCUGCUGAAUUGUUGCACGGGAGACAACAUCGUAGUAUUACAUCGCAACUAAUUCCAGAACGUCAUUCGAAUACUACAUCGUCACAAACUCUAACAAACAAGUUCAAAAUCAACGAAGCUGUAUAUGCCAGAAACUUUGCAAAAGGUGAUCGUUGGAUAGAAGCCACUAUUAUCAAGCGUAUAGGAACCAAGAUGUACUUAGUUAAAACGAAUCGUGGCUUGUGGAAGCGUCACCAAAAUCAGCUCAAAUUAAGAAGUGAACCGACUGAUUCCUCGUAUCAUUUUCUUGAAGCAAAAACAUCAGUUGAUAAUUUAAACCAACCACAUUAUCAGGCAAGUAACUCUCCAAAUAAUACUAAUUCUCUUAGUAAUUCCAGUUCAAUACAACAAUCAAAGUCCAUUCUUAAAAUGAAGUCUCCAGAAGUGAGCAGCCCUCGGCGGUCUAAUCGAGUCCGACGUCCAGUUGUCCGCUUCCAGCCAUAA